ACUGUUUUACUCCGCGUGUGCAAUGUCCUCCGUAGCUGCAGGUGGAGCGAGCUGGUUUGAGCGCUAGAUUGAGAAUCGUGAAGGCUUCUCUCUUUUAUGACAGCGAAUUUCCGCAUAGAAGAAAAAUAGUGUGAGAAAUGCACUCUCUGUUUUAGUGUUUUCAUGCCUUUAUUAAUUUAUGUGUUUUGCUGUAAAAAUGAGGAGAAAUUACGCUGUGAAAUUAUGCGCAAGGGCAUAUUUUAACUAGUUGUCAUUGGUACUACUAGCUUGUAAAAGCUACAAGCCAGUAGUACCCACGAAGCUCGUUAGUGGUAAGCUAAUAUAUUUAACUAGCAGUACACUAACUUUGCUGUACGUGAUCCAGAACCUGUUGCAAUUUGAAUUCUUAAGUUCUUUAAAGAGGGGUUCAGUGACACCCUCAUCACGAUGGCGCUUUCGGGUUUUGGGUUGCAACCCGCCGCUCUGGCGUACUGCAUGACAACACUGGGAGCAAGCAUGAUGAACAGCAUGUUCAGCUUCUAUUACGUGAAACUUUUCUUGAACAAGUACAAGAUAUCCGAGAGCGCUUUCCACCAGGCACAAGUGAUCUACAUGGUGUGGAACGCGGUGAAUGACCCGCUGUUCGGCUACCUGCAGGACAACGCGCGGGCGGCCUGCUGCUCCCGCCGCCGGCUCUCCAUCCUCUACGGAGCCCCCUUCUACGCGCUGGCCUUCCUGCUGCCCUGGUUCCCCUGGCGGGAGUACGAGGCUGGUGACUGGCUGAGUGGCGCCCACCUGGUGGUGGCGCUGUGUGCGUUCGACGGCCUGCUGACGUUCGUGCUGCUGGCGCAGUGUGCGCUGUUCGCCGAGAUCUCCGCGCAUCACCACAGCCGCCUGCGGCUGGUGAGCUACAGCCAGGCGGCGUCCCUGGUCGGCUCGUCCAGCGUGCUGUUCUGCGGCCUGCUGUCGCGCAACAUGGACGACUUCGCCGCCUUCCAGGGCGUGGCGGUCGCCGUGGCAACGCUGGCCUGCGGCUGCAUGGCGUACACGGGCCUCUACAGCGAGAGCCGCUUCGACGGCAAGGUCCCGGAGCACAGCCCCAAUCCCGGCCGCGCCCAGCCGGCGCUCUCUCUCUCGGCCGUGGUCUCUAUGACCGUGCAGAUCUUGGCUGAUCGGGACUUCCAGCGAUUCGUACUCAUGAACUUCUUCCAGGUGUUCAUGGUGGCCUUCUGCAACAACUUCACCCUCAUUUUCGCUGAACACCUCAUUCCCCCCGACGUCCUACCCUCACUCGCCAAGAGCCUGAUGUAUGGAGCCAGCUUUAUCUGCCCACAGCUCUUGGUGCUGUGCAGUCAGGACCUGCUGCAGAAGGUGGGCUAUUACAGGCUGAUCCUUCUGAGUUUUUACCUGGAGGUGGGCGUGGCUGCGGCCAUGUUCCUGCUGGGCCCUCUCCACCACUACAUCCUGGCACUUUUUCUCACCACCGUCAUGGUGCUUGUCCAGGCUGCCUUCAGUCUCUUUAACUUGCCGCUGGCUGACAUCAUCGACUCUGACCUUUACAGACACAAGCGGAGCUCCCCUCUCUCCUCCAUGGUAUUUGGGACCAACGCGCUGUUCACCAAGCCGGCCCAGUCUCUGGCCCCCAUGCUGGUGGUGUCCAUUCUCAACCUGUUCGGCUACGAACACCUUAAAGAUGCCGGCACUGCUGCAGACCCCAGCUCUCUGCAGGCGCUGCACAGUGCCAUGUUCUCCCUGGUGUGUCUGGUUCCUCUGAGUGUGGCUGCGCUGCAGAUCCUGGCCUGGAGACCCUUCUCCAUCAGGGACAGUCACACAGUGGACGCCAAGUACAUGGACACCUAAUGCAGCUUCCUGUUUCCUGUUUCCUGUUUCCUGUUUCCUCUAACACUGCGCAAAGAGGAUGGGCCUGAUUCCUAAACACUACAGCAAUAAGGAAGAAAUCAGACUCAAACAAACCUCCCAGUCCUGACACGCAGCUCUAAAUGUUCCUGCACACACACGUAACAUCAUUCACCUCAUCCAUCACAAACAAACCUAAACUGAAGUAAAAAUUCACUUAAAGUGAAACCGGAAACUAGCCGACCUGCGUUCAGUGGGGACGACUUUUGCAGUUGAGCCUUAAUGCAUAGACAUUUUUAGGACUUCCUAUGUGAAAUGUAAAUUAACUACCUCUUGUAAUUUAUCAAGAAAUGGUUACAGAACAGAGGAAAGAUGAACCGUGCUUAUUUUUUUCAGUCUGUAUUUUCUUUCUGAGAACAACUGAAGCUGUCCUUUAAAACCAAUUAAGUGUGAUUGGUUGCUUUCUACUUUUCUCUUGUCUAUUUUUAUGUAUGUUUUUUAUGCAUUUCCUGGGAUCCAUGUGCAGUAAAAAUGUGGUUCCAAGGAC